AUGGCAACCAAGAGAGAGAAUCAAAAUGUCAUCGAGUCGGAGCAACAGCAACAGUCAGAGGUUCAGGAUGACAGCGAGGCAGCAAUCAACCGCGAGCCCUGGUACUCGACCUUCAUUCAGAUCGUGAUACCCUUCUUUCUGGCCGGGCUGGGCACCAUAACAGCGGGCAUUAUGCUGGGCAAUGUCCAACACUGGACCGUGUACAAGCAAAUGGCCGAAUUGUUCGUGCUGGUGCCAGUGCUGUGCGGCCUCAAGGGCAACCUGGACAUGUGCGUGGCUGCGAGAUUCUGCACACACUCGAAUCUGGGACACAUGAAGAACAAGGGCGACAUCUGGAAGAUUGUUAUUGGCAACAUGGCACUGGUCCAGGUGCAGGCCAUUGUCUGCUCUCUGCUGUUGAGCACCUUCACGCUGACUGUCAGCUCCGCGGUGGCCCACAAGCUGAAGUUCGACAACUUUUCAACGCUGACAGCGGCGGCCCUGAUCACGUCCAGCACGGCGAGCCUGUUCCUCGACUCCGUGCUGAUGGUUACCAUUCUGUUCUCGCAGCGCUACCGCUUUAAUCCGGACUAUAUGGCCACGCCGAUUGUGGCCUCCAUCGGGGAUGUGGUGACCAUCAGUCUGCUCUCGUUCAGCGCCGCUUACCUCCACGAAGUGGGCAAGACGUACAUGUGGAUUAGUGUUUGCGUCAUGCUCUGCUACGUGUUGAUCUUGCUGCCCCUCUGGCUGAUAGUGGUCCUGCGGAACAUCUACACCCGCCCGCUGCUGAUGAUGAGCUGGAUACCAGUGCUGGGUGCGUUGUGCAUCAGUGAGUUUGGGGGCUUCGUGCUCUGCUCGUCGGUGGAGCAGUUCGGUGGAUUUGCCAUCUUUUCGCCCAUCAUCAAUGGCAUCGGCGGGAAUCUGGUCUGCGUGCAGACCAGCAACAUGGGCACCGUCCUGCACAGACGCUCCAAGCUCGGCCAGCUGCCCAAGGACACGCGCAUCUUUGAGUGGCCCCACAGUGUGUACUUCUAUGGCACUGUCUACUCCCGCGUCUCGCGAAUUCUGAUUAUUCUCUCCAUUCCUGGCAACGUCAUUCUCGUGUACAUUGCGGAUUAUCUCUACAAGUCGCACAUUUCAGUUGGUGUCGUGUUUCUCGGUUCCUUUGCUCUGACCAGCCUGCUGCAGCUGCUCAUUCUGCUGUGGAGCGCCCACUUCCUGGUGCAUCUGCUCUGGCGGCAUAGGAUCGAUCCGGACAGCUCUGCCAUUCCCUAUUUGACGGCUCUGGGAGAUGGCCUGGGCACGGGCCUGCUCGCAAUCAUGUUCCAACUGCUGCGCUACGCCGACCAAGAAUACAGUGCCAAAGAGCCUUGGUUGAGGUUCGACUUAAACUUGUAA